ACGAGAAGUGUCGUUGUUUCACCGAUCAAACCUUGUUUUCCGACAAAACACGGCUGCGUUGACUCUCCGCCGCAAAACCUCUAUGGAUUUCCACGAGAAGGAUGCGCGCAGCUAUGACGCGCAUGGCCCUGCUCCCGCCCUCCCCCUCGUCCGCCUGAACCACGUCUCGUUCCAGUGCGAGUCCGUGGAAGCAUCGGUCGGCUUCUACCAGCGCGUGCUUGGCUUCGAGCUCGUCAAACGCCCGGCGUCCCUCGACUUCGGAGGAGCAUGGAUGCACAGGUACGGCAUGGGGAUAUAUCUACUGCAGCGCGGCUCGGAUUCGUCGCCCAACGCUCCGGCAGCUGCAAGACCGCCGGCGAUCAACCCCAAGGGCAACCACAUUUCCUUUCAGUGCACGGACAUGGGGCUCAUGAAGACGAGGCUGGGUGACAUGGAGCUGGAGUUCGUGGCGGCGCGGGUGUGAGACGGCGAGACGGUGGUGGAGCAGCUCUUCUUCCGCGACCCAGACGGCAAUGUGGUCGAGGUCUGCGACUGCGAGAAGCUCCCCGUGAUACCCCUCGCAGAUGCAGGCAGCACCGGCCUUCUUCCAAAUACGCUGCUGCUGCCGGUGGAAACGAACUUGCAUGGCUAGUUCGUGGUGCUUGCUCAUUGGUUGCUUAGCACGAUUAUUUGAUUCGUGUGAUUAGAUUUGUGAGCUGUAACAAUACUGUAAUAACAGGCAGUUCUGCACGCUAUUGUACAUAUGUUGCAAGUGUCCGUACGUAGUGUAAUGUGUAUGUACAGGUUCGGAGAUUGCCGGGUUAGGCGUCUUCCAAGCUGAAUUUACGUAGUGUUGUGCGUAA